CAGCAGCAACAACAACAACAACAACAGCAGCAACAGCAGCAACAGCAACAGCAGCAGCAGCAGCAGCGAAGGCAGCAGCAGCAACAAUUGCAGCAGCAGCAGCAACAAUUGCAGCAGCAGCAAGCAGCUGCCUUGGUUGCUGCAGCUACUGCUGGGCUGAAUGGUGAAGGUCUGGGCUUGCAUGGGUCAUCUCGCAUGCAGCAGGUGUCACCCCAGGGUAGGAAGCACACUCCCCCCGGCCCGGCUGAGAUUCGCCAUGAGUCCCAUGAGCCACAGCCCUCGCCAGGUAGAACGCGUUCCCGUGGCCCAGUGUGUGGUCAGGAAGUGAUAUGUACUCCUAUUUUGGGGAAAGGUUCAAGUGAAGUUGCCAUCGGGGUUGAUGGUAGUGUUGAUGGUGGCAGUGACAGUAGACGUGUACAAAGUGGCAGUGAGAGUGAGGGUGAUCAACGAUCCAGGCACCGUCGUAAACAGGAACAACCUCGGCGCCAAAGUGUGAUAUAUCCGGUAACUGCACAGUCAGAAGGUAUAGGAGGAGGAGGAGGUGGACCAGGUGGUGGUGGUGGAGGUGGAGGAGGAGCAGGAGGAGGAGGAGGAGGUGUAGGAGUAGGAGGAGGAGCAGGAGGAGUGAGUAGUGUUGGUGGAGGAGGAGGGAGUAGUGGUGGAGGUGUUGGUGGUGGUGCAACUGUAGGAGCAGGAAGUAGAGGAGGAGACUCGAGUUCAGAUGAUUCUCAGGGGUAUGACAUUCUUCUCACGAGAUCCACUGUGGACCACAGAGACUCACCCCAUGACUCUCUACGUAGUGAUUCACCUGGAGAUGCUGCCCUUAGGUUAGCCCCCAGCCGAGAGGUGUUUGCUACACAAGGUAUGAGUCAGGCAAUGAGCCAUGCCCUCGCCCAUCCUUUUUUAGCUGCUCAUCUGAAUCCCAGUCAGUUACUACAGGUAGCCCAGACCUCAGUCAGCACAGCUACCACUGUAACUACUACCGGGAAGUCUGGUGUGUCCUCUCCUCACCCACAGCAGCAGCAGCUGCAGGUCCGAACUGACCUACUAGAGCCUCAUCCCAGAGAAACUGAGACUUUCUCUGUACAGGAACCCCCAAGACCCUUGCCUCCACCACAGAUCACUCCACCAGAGAUGGAUAUCAACAAUGUAAGGACACCUCCUAGUAAUGCUUCAGUAGAUAGUACUGCUGCACCUGUUAAGAAACGAAGAUGUUCUCCGAGCUACUUGGAGAAUGAUACCAGUGUGAGUGAUGUAAUAGGUACAAUAAGUGAUUUAGGGAGGAGUGAUAUGGGUGGGAAUAAUGUGCCCAAUGUGAGUGUUUCAGUGUCUGGUGAGAAGAGUACUGCACAUACUUUAAGCCCUGAUGUAGAAAGCACCCCAGUAAAUGGUCUUAGUGCAACUAGUGAGGCUGUGGUCAAGAGUGCUAGUGGUAGUAGUAGCAACAGUCAGUCUUCGUUAAAUGUGAGUACGCAAAAUAGUGAUGCAGAUGAUAUGUUAAACAAAAAUAUAAGCAAAAAUGACCAGGAUUAUUUUAAUGGUGAUCAUGAAAUGCUAGAUAGUCCAAGAAAACGUAAUAAGAAAAGAAAGUCUGAGAGUGAUUCAGUAACUGAAAUAGAUUAUCCAGUUGUGGAUGGGCAGCUAGAUGAAAGUGGUGAGAACAAAAGAAGGACCAGGCAAAAGAGAGCUAUCUCCUAUGUGGAGGAUGGAACAGACCCUGUUUUGGAAAUGAAUGAGGACUCGUCACCUGAUGCAACUCCAUUGAAAAAGAAAGGUAGAAAAUUAAAGGAUACAAGAGAAAGACUUGAAGGCGAGAGUGAUCCUAAUCCAGACCAGCAGACCCCUGUUGAACCUGCUAGUUCUCCAGCUCCUGCAGCACCUUCGGGAGAAGAACCAGUAAAAUCACCUCACAGUUCUCCUACGGGUGGCAGACGUGGGCGAAGUGUUGUCCGAGGGGCACCAAGAGGAAGAGGAAGGCUCUUGGGGGCAAAUGCUCAGGAGUACCCAAAUAUUACGGAACCCUUGCAUGUAGAUACGACACUAGUUCAGGAACCAGAUCUAAGGGUUCCUGGCCCACCUCCUAUUGUACCUUCUUCCUGUAGCCCAGAUGUUUACGACUUCAAUGACACCGAUAGUGAUGGCGUUGGUCGGGGUAAGAAAGGGAAGCGUGGUAGAAAAAAGGGAAGCAGCCCAAAGAAAAAUUCCAAGUCACCACUAGACAUGGCAAAGUCAAGUAUUAGUCCACGACCCAGAGAACCUGCAUCUAAGUCUCCAAGGUCACCAAAGUUUUUUUCUAGUUCUCGUAGCCCCAUUUCUGAGCGAAACAAGGAGUGGAUGCGAAGUUUUUCCCCACCUGUCCGUGAUUUAUCCAAAACUCUUUCAGAAACCCCACCCCUGGAAGGAAAUAUGGCACCCAACAUCCCAGGAGGACCUAUGGCUGAAAAUUCAAAAUCCAUACUACAACCUGAGGAAAUAACUGUCAAGGAUUCUCAGAGUGAUGAAUCUCAGGCUGGGGAAAAUGCGCCAAAAACUGACUCCAACAUCAUCUCUCCGAGACGGAGUAGUAGGAGGAACAAGAUUCGUGAUAAUCAGGACUUCACCCCUCCAGAUGGCAAAGCCAUUGAAACCAUGGAUUCAAGCCUUAACUCCCCUUCCUCUGGCAACUCUAAGGAUAACACAUUGCUCUCAGGGUCUGUUUCAUGCAGUGCACAAAACAAAGAGGAAAAGGAUGAAAUUGCUGCAGAUAUGGCAGCCUCGGGUUCACAAUUAGCUGAUAGUUUAGUUACUCCUAGUAAUAGAAUACGAAAAAGAGGAAAGAGGAGCAUUGAUCACUUUCAGCCAGACUCAAGUGCAACUCAGGUGGGCUUAAACGAGGAAAUGCAAGACAUUUCCACUGUAGAAGAGGAGCCUCCCAAGACCACAGAGGAUGUCACCAUAAAAGGUAGUGAAACUUCUGAAGCUCCACCACCACACAUUGCUUCAGAAGAACUCACCAACUCUUCUGUGGACCAUGUCACAAAUAAUUCAUCUCCAAACAGUAAGUCCCCAAAAGGGAAAGGAAAAGGAAGAGGUAAAGGAAAGAAGAAGAAAGGAGGGAGAUCUCCAAAAGGAAAAGGAAAUCAGACAAAAGGUAUCAUCAGCAUAGACACCAAUGUGCUUCCACAAGAAACCAAACAGUAUCAAUCUGUACCUGAUGAUGCAUUUGAUAGCAGUGAGACUAGUAAGCCAAUGGAAGAAAAAGUGAACACACACUGUGUUGAAAAGACAAAUAGCCAAAAAAAUGAAUUAGGUGUUCCUACUGCUACUGUACAUGAUACCUCACUGAAGCCCGAGGAUUCUCCACGUAAAGGCAGAGCUAAGCGAGGCACUGUUAAUCUACCUGUACAAAAUGCUAUGGUGGCUUUGGAUAUGCCAUCGAAUGGACCCACCAUGGAAACCCCUUUAUCAUAUACUACUGAUGAAACUGCACCUGUGAUAGCACAAAUAGAGGAGACAGAAUCUCGAGGGAGAAGGCUUAGGGCAAGGAGGGGGAGCAUCAAGCAGGACUCGAAGCCAGAGACACAAGACCCUACAUCUGAAAUGCAAGAAUCAAAGCUUGAGACUCAGGAACUAAGGCACAACACUCAAGAGCAAAGACCUGAGAUGAAGGAACAAAAUUCUGAGAAUCAGGAACCAUAUCCAGAAGUCAAGGAAAUAAGUCCAAUCAUCCAGGCAUCAUAUGUAGAAAUCAAGGAGAUCAUACCUGAAACUCUUGAAUCAAAACCCGAGUUAAUGGAAUCAAAGCCAGAAGCAACUGAUAUGUGCCAGAAAUUAGAAACUCCAUGUCCAUUGCCAAAUACAGAUAUUAAUGAAUUAGAACCCAGUAUUAUUUCAGAACAGGAGGUUCAAGAGAACCCUCCCAGUUUGCCUGGUUCUGAACCCGGAGCUCUAGUAGUCCCACAUGGUACAGACAUGGAUGUUGAUGCAGAGACUGUGGAAAAUAUUGCAAAGUUCUUAGAGGAAACCGCUUCUAAUAUUCCAGGAACAGCUGAGGAAAGUUAUGCGGACAAGCGUCCCAAACGCUCCUCACGCCCGCCAAGAAAGAUGGAUGAUAAUGAAAUGAAUGAUCUUCUUAUGUUACUCAACAUGGAAGAUGAGGAGAGUGAAGAUGAAGAUUAUGUUCCCAAAGACUUGGAGAACUUAGAUAGUGCAGCUGAAAGUGAAGAUGGGGUAGACAGUUUGUGUAAUGAUGAUGAUGACGAUGACGAUGAUGAUGAUGAUGGCUUAGAUUACAGUGGUGAUGAGUUGGAAAAUGAGGGUAGAGGAGGGGGAAAUUUGAGUGAUCUCCUUAGGGCUAGUGAUACUGCGGGUGAUAGCAACUUUGUGCCAACAGCCCUUAAACAUGGCAAAGGUGGAACUGCCAAACAGAAGGGACUCAAAAAGGAUAAAAAUAAAAAAGUAAAGAAUGACACUUCUAGUGCCAAGAAAGGAAAAGUUGUGAAGGGUAAAGUGAAGAUCAAUAAGGCGAGAAGUGACGAUAGUGAGUUUAAAAAGAAGAGUGAUGAUGGGAAAAAGAAGGGAGAUGUAGGGGAGAGAAGAGGGCCUUUUAUUCGAUUGGAUAAAAAUGGAUGCAGAGAAGUUAUUAUUAACACUCCUUAUCGUGAUGAGGAAGAAUCCGAAAGACCCAUGAGGAAAACUAAUAUACAGUUCUAUUGCAAAAUUGAAGCCAAGCAGAAAACUGCAAAAGUUGGUUAUAACAGUACACUCCACAACAACUAUGAUGCCUUCUCCAAAGACACAUCCUGGUAUUGCUCAUUAUGCAAGAACUACAGUCACUCAAAGAAGCUGGGUGACCUUUAUGGGCCCUACUUCAUCGAAGGGCUUACCUUAGUAAAGAAGCAGCAUCCACAGGUGGUUGAGGGGCAGGUGGUGGAGUCCUCCUCCCCUUCUGAAGUUGGUAAACUUAAAAAACGAACUCAGAGGCGGGAGUCUACCUCUGAAGGCCCAGCCGAUACACGAAAGUUGGAACUCGGAGGGUCUUCUUCUCCCCCUUGGAGGUUUGUCCCCACGGCCACUCCUGCUCGGCUGCUGGUAAGAUCUCCUCCUGUGAUGGUGGGUCUUUGCAUGGCUGUGGCACCCCAAUCAUCAGCAUGUUCAGGUCGUCCCGGUGCUAAGGAAGGGGUAGCGGCCACAGGGGUCUCACAGCACCUGCCCGACCCAACCAAUCCAGCCAGUGCAAGCAGCAUCAGCACGAAGAAUGCGGCCUCCGAAGACCCCCAGACCAACACUCCGCCUGAGGCCAGACCUCCCGGAACGGAGUGCUGGGUGCACGAGAGCUGCCUUCUCUGGGCACCUGGUGUCCAUGUGAGCAACAGUAAACUUUGCGGUCUGGAGGAGGCAGUCAUUCAUGCUCAGGACAGUAUAUGUAGUAACUGCAGUGAGGCAGGAGCAAGUGUUGGGUGUCUAGGAAAAGGGUGCUCUCUCCUGGUCCAUGUGCCGUGUGCCACCCAACUCCAGUGGACUUUGGAUCACAAUACCUUCAAAUCCCUCUGCCCCAAGCAUAGUAAGCUGACUUAGUAGUGCAGGAGGAAGCCUCAUGUAGGCAUAGUUUUACUGUCAAGAUACAAAACAUUUAUAAAUCUCAUUUUAUUUUCAAUUGUAAUAUAUUGUACAGAUAUUGUUUUGUAUUUUUGUCCAGUAUACAGUAAUAUGUAUGUUUUAUGCAGAAGACCAAGCAUUGCAAAAUUUUACCAGUCGUAAAUGUCAUUAUUAAAAAAUCUCUUGAUGAA